AUGGAAGAGUCGGAUGAAGAACUAGCCUCUGGGUCGGAGCAUAGUUUAGAGGAUGAGCAUGAAGAAGGCGAAGAUGAAGAACACCUGUUUGAAUCUGACGAUGACGAUGAAGAUGAAAAGAUGGAAGAGGAUGACCAGUCUGGCGAAGAUCAUUUUGGUCAUCGCAGUGUCCGGUCAUCCAACGAUUGGGGCGGUCUGGCCCGUAAAGCUCUCGAACAAUUUCAUCCAAACGAGCAAGUGAGACUAAACUGGAUGAAGAUCAUAUAUGGAGAAGAAGAUGAAGCUCCGGUAGUGAAGGAAGAAGAUAUUGCUGACGGUUUAUUCAAAGUGCGAAAAGCAGCGACGAAGCCAUUGUGGCAGCAGGAGGAUGGUCUUUUGUGGCAUCAAUGUGCCUCAACUUCUUAUGCUGCUCCGGAUUGGACUAACGAAGAAACGAGAUUGUCUAUAGCGGAUUGCUUCGUUACUGGAAAUUGGACAGAAGAUGAUGAAGAGGAAAAGGAGUUGAGAGAUCAUAUGGAUGAAGAAAUGGAGGAUGAUGCUGAUGUCAAGGAGGAAGAGGAAGCAAAAGAUGGUGAUGACAAGAAACUUUCUGCUCUUGAACGAGCCGAAGCUGCAGCUCAUGAAAGGCGAGCGGAGGAAAAGAUAAAAUUGAAACAGCGGUUCAAUGAUGAUUAUGAUGAGUCA